GUGGUGCGCUUCAUUAAUUAAUACCUCUCUUCACCAGAAAAGAAAGUGAAGCCGAAACCUUAAGAAUUAAGUAGUUUUACGGCAUACAGACAAGCUAAAACUCUCUCCAGUGCAAGAUAUUAUAUCAAGGAAUCAUGUUUGUCAGUUUAAAAUGGCUACUGCAGGUAGUUCAAGUCUCGUGUGUGGUCUCCUUCCUUCUAACCUUACAGCCACAAGUAACUCAUGCCUACAAUGUCGUCUAUGCUCUCAACUGUGGAGGAUCAAAGCUCACUGACUCAUACGGCAUACGCUAUAAAGCUGACAACAGUAAAGUCGGGAUACCGUCAGAGUUUGGCAAAACACUCAUCAUAUCUCGUACUCGACCUGACGACAUGAUGCUGUAUCAGACGGAGAGAUAUCACACUUCGUCAUUCAGCUACGAUGUCCCGAUAAAUAGCGAUGGAGAAUACGUGCUUAUAUUGAAGUUUGCAGAGGUGUACUUCACCUACCCUGGUGGGAAGGUGUUUGAUGUGGUGUUGAACCAGCAGCACACAGUGGUGCCUGGACUGGAUAUAUUCUCCAGGGUUGGAAAGGCAGCUGCUCACGAUGAAGUGGUCCCCUUCACAGUGGAGGGGGGACAGUUGACAGUGGGAGAGGAAUCGAGCGACUUCGAUGGCAACCUCAACAUUGAGUUCUCAAAGGGAAGUGCUGACAACCCCAAGUGCAACGCCAUUGUCGUCUUGAAAGGACCACUAGAACCACACGAUCUCCCUGCCAUCCCUCCCAUGCAAGAGUCGGAACCAGAGGAUAUGGACUCUGAAAACGACGACUCAGUAGAAGAAGAACAAGAGUCCAAGUUCAAGCGAACCUCGGGUCCAAAGGUCACAGAUCCAUAUGCCUCUGAUGACAGCUGGUUUAUGCCUAUCACCAUAGCGAUAGCUGUGUUUCUACCAGUUUUAUUCUGUCUGUGUAGAGUUAGGUGAACUCUCUAGGUCUAGUUAAUUAAUUAAAUCACUGUCUAAUAAUUAUCAUUAUUCAAUUAUUUUAUGAAGUGAAAAUGUAUCUUGUGAAGUGAA